UCACACACCUCCCCUCGCAGUUACUAUGUUAUUAUGUGUGCUGCCCAUUUCCGAGGAGGAGGAGGGGGCGGCGCAGGCAGCCAUACACACACAGCAAUAGCCAGCUCCCGGCACAGGUGGGCUCCCCGGCCUCGCGUUUGAUGCCCGUUCUCCGGAUUAAAGAGUGAAGCGGGCGGGCAGGUCAGCCGGUCCCACCUCCUUGUCCUCCUCGUCAGUCCUGCGCUCUUGUCAAUCUCCGGCUCGCUCCGUCUCCGGCUUGACUUCCUCCCCGGCGCUCUAUCGGCUCUCUCUCCCGGAGAAUGAGCUCUUCCUCCCUGGGCACUGACACUCUCCCCGGUAACAGGACGCAGGAGGGCGCCAUGAAGGUGAAGCAGAGCGGAGGGCAGGUGGUGGCGGCGGCAGCAGCGGGGAGCACGGAGGAGCAGCUGCUCAGGAAGGCGCACAUCACUCCGGAGGAUGUCCUCCUCCUGCAGAAGAUCACCAGCGAUUAUUUAUGCACUCCAGACGAAAAUAUUUACAAGAUAGACUUCACAAGAUUUAAAAUCCGAGACAUGGAGUCAGGAACAGUUCUAUUUGAAAUCACAAAGCCACCAGCAUCCGAGCGAGAACAUGGUGACAAGAAGGAUGUGGAUCCCAACGCAGGUAGAUUUGUCAGGUACCAGUUCACACCUGCAUUCCUCAGACUGCGCCAGGUUGGGGCAACGGUUGAAUUUACAGUUGGCGACAAGCCCAUUAAUAACUUUCGAAUGAUUGAGAGACAUUACUUCCGUGAGCAGCUCUUGAAGAGCUUCGACUUUGAGUUUGGAUUCUGUAUCCCCAGCAGUAAGAACACAUGUGAACAUAUUUAUGAAUUCCCACAGCUUUCAGAGGAUCUUAUUCGUGAAAUGAUCAUCCAUCCCUACGAGACUCAAUCAGACAGUUUCUACUUUGUGGACAACAAGCUAGUGAUGCACAACAAGGCAGAUUAUUCAUAUAGUGGAGGCCCUUGAUCCUAUUGUAGGAGGGAACCAAUCACAGAGCAUUGAAAACAAUCCCCCUUCCCCUAGCAGUUAUACAAGGGAUUGUGCCCAACUUCCUGUAGGAGAAUCCAUCCGGGAUCCAAUAUUCUGUUUGCUAGUAGGAGUUCUAAGACUGAGCCUAAAUCUGCCCCUACCUGCCCUAGAGCCUUUUUAGCACAUCGAAACCGUGCAAGGAUCUUCAUAUAUCUUCACAUGUUGGCAAGGAUGACUUUGAAAUGAGACAAGUCCCCUAAAUAAGAACGUGGUCUUUGUACCAGAACGUCUGAGCAAUGCCACUAGUUUUAUAACCAUCAGCGAUGCAUUGAGCUUAGCAAAUGUUUUCCUGAAACAAGGACUGUUGUGAAACAUUACUUUUUUUUUUUUUUAGGACCAUCCUUGCUGAUAUCCCACAGGCCAUUCAUUUUAGGAACAACCAUUCCCAUGUUACUUGGACCAAAUCAUCUUAGGAACAGGUUUUCUUGUAUACCUUGGGCUAUACCAGGCCUCUUCUGUGUCAAGCACCAACCGCACACAUGGAGCUAAAAUGUCUUGUAAGCUUGGACCAGACCAUAGUAAAGGGAAUCCAAGCCAAAGAUCUAAUCGGUUCUUCCUCAAUAGCUUCUUCUUAACAAUCUGUUUAAUGAAUUGUGAUACUAGGGUUUUUGUCAGGCUUUUCUCUACUGAUAUAACAGAAGUGUAAACUAGGCAUUUGGAAGCAUAUAUAGUGAUGCAAAAUAUAAAAUAAAGUGGGAAACUGACAUU